UACAAGCUGUCUGCUCCGUCUCUCAUUCAGAAGGUGAGGGGAAGCAUGCGGAGUAGCUGCAACAGGUCGGUCGCUACAAACAAAUACUAUUUUCACUCAUAAAUUCUUGGUUAUAUCAUUCAACCCUUUUAGACAUCAACCAGCGCCGGGGAGGGAUAAGUUGGUCGUGUGGUGCGUCGGAUAUAUUCUGGAAUUGGCCAGGUGCUUGUACGGACGCAGAAUCGAAUCGAUGGCGAGCUAAGACACUGGCUUGGAGCCGAGCAGUCCCAGUUAAGAGCUCUCCUGGUCUGGUAGGAGGCUCUGGCAGCCUUGUUCCCCCCUCACCUUCUCUUACACCCACACACACACACGCACUCACACUUUGAGGCUUCUAGCCCAUGGACAGUUGACAUAUUGGACUCUACCUUUGCGGCGCACAUGCUGGACUGUUUUUGAGCGCCUCAUCCUCUAUGAACUCUGUGCCUUUGCGAUAUGCAAUAUCGUGUGUGGAACUGCUGCCAUAUUGGCUACAAUUGAGACUGGUUUUGAUUUGAAUGUUGUUGAUGCAUCAGACGUGUCAAGUGCACUUUUCUAUUUAAUUCAUGUACUCUGCAGACUGUAAAUAUUGGGGUCACUGUAUGUAUUGUCACGCAUUAAUAUAUGGUACCAACCGCAUCUGAAGUGCUGUUUGUCGUGUUUUAUUGUACCACUACCUCGAAGAAUCGAACCUGUCUUCUGUAGACCUAGGCCCAAAAGCUAGCUUAAUACUAAUAUAAUAAUCAUACCAUAUCACCAUAAUUUAGCCUGUGUACUUGCUACAUAAAGUGGCGAGCUAGCCAGGAGGUUUUGGUACAGUAUUUUACACACAGUUUGUUCUUUCUUUCUCAACAACAUUCAGACUCACCAUUAUAAUUCAAAAUGGAGGGUUUCGAUAUGCUUUCCAUUAAAAUACCAAAUGCUGUGCUAAUAGAUGGGGUUAGUAAAGAUGACAACGAAGAAGUGGGGCAGUUUUUAGAACGUUAUGGACCACUUAACAGGGCGGUUUUUGUCGACUCUCCUGAGUCUGAGUUCCAUGGGAUGUGGGUGGUAGAGUACGUGUCAGGGUCUGCUUUACCUUUAUUAGAUCCACUGCUGCCGUAUACUUUUACAAUGAGGGCAGGGAAUCAGUGUUAUAUUAAAAAUUUAUCAAAAAUUUACUCUUCAAAGGUAGGAAGCUCAACGACUAAGACAUAUUUAGCUGACCUUAAACAAGUGGCUAAACUUUCUGGAAAGGAUUAUGCUGAGGUGCUGCAGGAAAUGAUGGCCCAGAUCAGCGAGUCCAUUGCAGAGUGUCAUCCUGUCGAUCCUGCUAAAAUGGAGGAGACAACUGAGGAGCAGACAACCCCAGACCCACACAAAAUGGCCGCCACCUCAUCACCACUAAUCAAUGCCAGGCCCACGCCCGCUGUAAGACCAAAGGAGCGAACUUCUUCUAUUAACAUUGCCACCACUGAUUUUAAAUUCACCUGAGGUCCAGAGGUAUGUGGUGGAGCAUAUUGUGAAAAGUGAGGACACUGUUAUGCACACACGCUCAUCCCACAGACUUCGUGUUUUCUCUGGACGACUGCCACGUCCACAACAUGAGGUUGACUAUGACACUUGGCGCUCCGGUGCUGACUUGAUUAUGAAGGACCCAGCCAUCUCUGAAAUUCAGUGGACACGUCUCAUCCUGGACAGCUUACUGCCCCCUGCUGCAGACAUCGUGAAACAUCUGAGUCCUGAUCUAUUAGCUGACAUCUACAUCAAGCAGCUGGACUCAGCCUACGGUACAGUGCAAGAUGGGGAGGAGUUGUACGCUAAAUUUAUGGACACUCUUCAGGAUGCAGGAGAAAAACCAUCUACCUACCUGCAGCGGUUACAGGUGGCGCUAAAUCUCGCUGUGAGGAGAGGCGAAGUUCCUGAAAGUGAAGUAAAUAAACAUCUGCUGAAUCAAUUUUGUAGAGGCUGCUGGGAUAAUACCCUCAUUUCAGAACUCCAGCUCAAACAGAAAAAGUCCAGCCCACCAUCAUUUGCCGAGCUUCUGUUGCUGCUCAGAACUGAAGAGGAUCAAGAAGCUCCAAAGAUCCAGAGAAUGAAACAGCACCUAGGGACCACAAGACAAAAAGUCACUUCCCAGGCUCAAUUUGCAUAUGAGGAAGAGGAGAAGGGGAUGUGUGCAACGUUGACCACACUCACUAAGCAACUCACUCAGCAAAUGGCAGCCAUUCAACAACAGCUAUCUGCCCUGACCGCAAUCCAGUCUCAAGGCCAACAUGGUUCAUGUGCUCCCAGACCCAGUCAUGCUACGAAGCCCCAUAGUAAACCAAAGACUGCUGGCACUGCUGCGAAUCCAAAGCCAGGUUUCUGUUUCCGUUGUGGUGAGGAUGGGCAUAUCAAGCCUCAAUGCGACAAUCCACCUAACUCUGCUCUGGUUAGUGCAAAGAGAAAACAAUUCAAUGACAAGAAACAAAGAUGGCAAAGACAAUCUUCAAGUUCUGAACAGUUAAACUAG